AUUUCACUUGUUUAUAUAAAUGACUGUUCGAUCGAAGUAAACCUUCCGCUGGCGAUGUAUUUACUUAGCGAGUAAAUGUUCCUAAUUUUGUAUAGCAUUGAUAUUUUCUCAGAAAAACUGCAGUGUAUACCUUUGUGCUUUUCAACCAAUUGUACAAAUCUUUAGCGACUGUGAUGGCAUAUAGAGAAACUACGCGCUGGUAUUUAAAACGUCUGCACCAGACAGAGUUUAAAAUUGUAAACAUCGGUGCGUCGACAGACAUUAGCAGAUCGUUAUCCUCGGCUAUAAGACUUAACAGGCAUUCAUUUCAACAUGUCUCGAAGCGACACUGCAUUAUAUCCUGCGUUGACGGAGUGGCCACCCUGACAGAUGAAACGUCCACUUCUGGUACCUUCAUAAAUAAUGUGAAACUGUCGCGAGAGACACCUGGAUCUGUUGUGUUGUCCGCUGGUGACAGAAUUGGAAUAGGAUCACCAUGUUUCAACGAUCCGUCGUUUUAUGCAAAUAAUAAUCAUGUACUGCUUUACCAGGUAUGCAAGGACCGGAACCGGGUUAUUACGGACGGAGAUGUGGAUACCAUUCUGUCUAGUGAUGAAGAAACCCAUGCUACCUCCAAUCUGCAGAAGGUUCCACAAACAAAAUCGCCCAAAAGCGUUGACAUAAAUGACGAAAACUACCGCAUACUGGGUAAUAUAGAUCUUUCUUCAGACGUUGAUGAUGAUGACGUUAUAUAUUUGAAUUGCGAAGAUAAUGUUACACGGCUAGAUCGAGCAAUUUUGGAAGAAACUGAAAAAAGAGCCAAAGACCUGGAAAAACUGAUAGGUGAUCGGGAAACAAAACAGCACACACAAGUUGAAAAAGAAACUGAACAAAAACAAAUGAUUGUGGCACACGACACCGAAGAAGCUCAGGGAAAAUGUAACGAGAAGCGACAACGUAAUGAAAAAGAGGACGUUAAACGUAUACUUGAUAAGAAGAGUGAAGAAAAAACCCAAAACGUGUCAGCACAAAAAAAUGAUCUAGAAGAGCUUACACGGAAGCACGAAAAAAAUGAACAAAUUGAUAGAGAUCAUCAAAAUCCAAAUGAACUAAGAAAAGAGAUAUUACACGAAAAAACUCAUAAAAUGCUGCCAGAACAAAAGCAAAAAACAAAAGAAAACGAUAGCAAAGAUACAAAUAAAAGCGAUGAAUCAUCAGGGGAUCGCUUGAGAUCACUCACACAUAAUACUCGGCCCGAAGAAUAUGAAAUAAAAAGUACAGGGGAAAAGAUACGCCAUGGCAAAGACCGUGAAAGGAAAUUUAAACAUACAAGCAAACACCAUGACACUAAAUCUAACAGUCAUUCUAGUAAAUCCGAAGACAACACGAGUCUUAAAAAGGAUAAAAACCGCCAUAAAAAUUCCACUAAUAAAGAUAAAAAAGAUUCCAAGAAUGACAAUAGUUACAAAUAUGUAUCAGAUGAAAAUAACGCUUCCAGAGAAACAAAGGCUGAUUAUUGUUUAGACCAAAUUGAAGAGCUGUUUAAGGACUCACUUUCAAUUCCGUCAGAAGCAAUGUCUGUAAUAUCUGUACAUGACAGUGAGUCUGACGAUGAUAAAGAGUUUAGCGAACAAAAAUUCUCUCAAAGCUACUAUCGUCAAAUUAAGCAAGAGGCUUUGGAAAUAGACUUGCCUGACGAGAAUGACUCAGAUAACCAAAAUGAGGUAUUGGUCACUAACCAAUUAGUGGUCGAUGCUCCGUUGUUCAAUGAUUCGGAAACAAUUUACAUUUCCGAAGAUGAUGAUGAUGAAGAAACGCUAGAAGACUCAAAACGGUGGUUUAAGAAGCUUUCACAAAAAAGUUCUCCUCUUAGAAAUAAAUCGCAACUUCGAGAAGCACAAUUAGAUAAACCUCAUACUUUAGAACAAAGUUUAUCAUCGUUCCAGCACCUGAGUUAUCCUUCUACGAGCAGAAAUAGCGACUCAUCAACGUUGAAGUUUACCACUGUCAAACCGAAUUGCAAACCCCAAGCUAUAUCAACAAACAUUCCGAAUGUCGAUCAGGCAUUAAAAACGUUCGAAGCGGAUCCGAAUAAAAGGAAAAAUGAAUCACAUAAUUUGAACAGCCCCGUCCGUGCCAGACAAAAACGUAGUCUUCCAGAUGAAGUACCUAAAGCAUCUGAACAAAGGCCAACGAUCAAAGAACGUAUUAUAGAAGGUGACUUUGAUCUAGACGACUCAUUUUUUAGCGAAAUUUUAAUUGAAUGUGAGAAGGAGCAACAUGAGAAUAUUUCCAUGGACUGCCGGCCUUCAGAUCCGAAGAAACAAAAAAUACAAGAAAAUGAGCGAACCCAACUCACGCUUUCGAACAGCGAUUGUAUUACCGCGAAAUCUAGCAGUAUAAAGCCAAUUUCGCCCGAUGUACCGCGACCUCGUCUGAACGAGAAAAAUACCAAUAGUGCCUCGAAUGCUUGGGUGAAACGUAAAGUGCCAAUGGUGGAACCACACCAUAUUCAGAAACGACGCCAGAGCUUAUGCAACGGUGUAUUGUCGAAAAAAACCUUAAAACCUGACCAGCAAUCUCCUAUCAGAAAAUCUAUCAAAAGUAACGAGGCAUUGAAGGAAAAACUAAAGGCAAUAAAGUCUACAAAAUCUCAACCAAGUGGCGAGACUGCAAAGGAUAAUAGUAGCAGACCGAUUACCAUACCGAAAUGCAAAUUUACACCAACGAAUCGUGGUGCUUUUCUGGUCCACGAAACUCCUCGCCCAAGCAAGCCACUCAUGAGAGCAAAUUCGCUGCCAAACAAUAAUAAUGAUGACGAUUUCGUUUGCACGCAAUCUACUUCAAUUGAAAAAUUCCCGGAGUUGGAUAAAAUGAUCGAUGUAUCAUUGACUAGAGCACCGAAGCUAACUUUCAACAAUGUGGCUAAGGUCAGCAGUGUGACGAACAAUGCGCCUGUUUUCAAAAUUCCAAAACAGCGUCCUCCACCUACAGCAAAAGUAGUUCUCACCGAUAGUGAAAGUUUUCGUUCAAUUUUGGCCACAAUAGAGUUACCAAAAGAGAAUGAAAUUCCACAAGUAGGUAUUUCGGCAAACGCUUUUACCAGUAGCAUCACGAGUGCUACAAAUGGGUUAAAAUCGAUUUUAAAAACCAACAAUCUGACGUAUUCAAACGGUCAAAGCCAAUCGAAACGCACUAAACGCGUGAACUGGUGUCAUAUACUAACAGAUACACGAGUGUUUGAAAUUGAGGAGGGAAACGAACUAUGCGUGCAGACUAAAGAAUACAAGGAAAGUUACGACUGCCGAAAAAUGACUCAGGUCAGCUUAAGUGAAAUUAUUUUAGAGAUUACAAGUUGGAACCCCAGUUGGUUCGACAACCCAGCUGAAGCCAAAGUAUGCGAGGGCAUGCUGUUGCCGAUGGUGGAGGAGUAUCAAAACUUUGAAGAGUAUACAAAAAUUGUAAUGCCGAUACUUAAAAUGGAGCUCUUUCAUGACAUAUUAGUUCAGUAUGGCGAGAUGCGAAAAACUUGUCAGAAGCCUCUCCAAAUGAAGCUGAAUCAGAUUCGAGCACAAAGUAAAAUUUUUGUGCUUAAUUGUAGUGUUGAAAACAGCUCUCACCAAAGUGUUAAUAACAAGGAUUAUGUGCUCAUAAUUUUUCGAGACAAGAUCACCUGCGAAGAGAUACGUGUACCGGCUGUGGUCUCAACCCGACGUCAGCUAAUUCAGUACUCCGCUGAAAACGGAGUUAAAUUUUAUCAUUGCACGCUGGAAACAGCCAAAAAUAAAUUGUCUCAACGCAUUCGCGAUGGAUUUGGCGAAAGUUUUCAAAUAGUAUCCCUGACUCAAAUUAAUAUGCACUUGCGACAGUUUCAAACGCUUGCUGCUUUGGAAAGUUCCCCGCUACUGGAGAACAUUCUAUGUCCAAGAAGUAACUUUUUCACCUGUCGCAUCAGUAUGAACGAUCGUCGGGCGUAUAAGGGAAAGGUAAGUACGGAUUGGCAAAAACGAUAUCCUCUAGAACUUGAUCUAAUUACGACACAUAUCCGAAAGGAGUCGCUCAACGUUCAACAAGGGGACAUUUUGUUAAGCGUGUUUGGGCAAUGUCUUGACAUGAAACAGCCCCACAUCAUGUUGAUCCAAGGACCGCCAGGCACGGGAAAAUCACGAUUGAUCAGCAAUCUCGUAAUGCAGUUGCAUCGGAGUUUCCCGAGUCAUAAGAAACUAAAGAUCCUCGUUUGUACCCAGUCAAACACGGCGAUUGACGUAAUAGUCCUGAAACUAAUCAAAUUGUUUCGGUUAUUGAAUAAAGAAGAACAAGGUAACAUACUGCGAACGGGAACCGCAAACAAGAUUAACCAUGAAUGCAGGAUGGUGUUCCUCGAUGAUCUCGCCAGGAGGCGAGUUAACGGAGACAUCAAACGCAGAAAACUACGUGAAGAGAACCCAACCCUCGAGACGUAUUUUAUAGAGAAAGAAACUUUAGAACGAAGGCUUAAAUAUCUCGCAAUAAAAGCUACCAAUGAAGGCAAUUCACGACAACAGGACGAAAUAAACAGGCUCCAGGAGCAGCUUAACCGUAUCAAGCAAAUUCUCCCCAACGAUGUAGACGCAAUCGACGUGCAGGAAAGUGACCGACGCUCUUUAGAAAUUAGCGCAAAGAAAGAUUUCGUAGCGAGGGCCGACAUUAUUUGUACUACGUUGGGCAGCUGUGGUGCUCUAAUGGAAUACAGUAAAUCGCUGAAGUUUGACGUGUGCAUCAUUGAUGAAGCGACUCAAUGCACGGAAAUCGCUUCAUUCACUCCCCUACAGUACAACGUUCGGAAGUUGAUCUUGGUAGGUGAUCCUAAACAACUACCACCAUUAGUUUUUGGGAAGGAAGCAGCCGAUGCCGGUCUUAAAAAUUCUUUGUUCUCAAGAAUUGAAAACUCAUUUAUCGGUACAGAUCUUGAAGGAGUGAAAAUGCUUACGACACAAUAUCGCAUGCAUCCAGAGAUUUUAAAAUGGCCAAACGAGUACUUUUAUGAAGGGAAGCUUUCAAGCGAUAUGCAAUCAACCAAAUGUGAUGAAUUCCCCUUCAGACCCUACACCGUCUUCAGUCUAGAAUAUCAGCAAAAUCAAACUCAGUCAGAGCAUCAGAUUUAUAAUGAUGACGAAAUUCAAUUUGUGCUUAGUUUGCUGUCUGAAAUUAUGAAGUUUUGUGAACGUCAUACAUCGAUCGCUAUAAUAACGCCAUACACACGACAUAAAAGAGAAAUCGAGAAAUAUCUCCAUACAAAGAGAAUUACUCAAGUAUCAGUGCUAUCAAUCGACUCUGUACAGGGUCAAGAGUACGACGUUGUAAUUAUUUCGCUAGCUCGUUCCACCGGGAUGGGUUUUCUAGAUAGCCCACAACGCUUGAAUGUAGCGCUCACGAGGGCCAGGAAAUGCCUUAUACUAUGCGGUAACUUUGCCGACCUACAGGGCACCAACAUGUGGUCGGCGUUGCUUAAAGAUGCCGAGGAUCGAAAAUUGCUUUUUAACAUCGAAGACAACGAUGAAUAUAGCGACGUUAACACUUUUGUAGAAAAAGUGAUGCGGAGUUUGAGAAAAUCGCCUGCCUUAUGCUAGAAAUAAUAGACAAACAUGCUGGUGGAUUUAUAACUUGAAAGGUGUACAUAUAUAGUUAUUAGUAUAAGAAAGCUUUAGGUUAUCCUAAUAUGAAAUGUUUGCUAUGUAUCAACACGUAGCGAAUAUUUUUAUUUUCUGAACAGGAAUAAGCUUAAAUUUUGCGUAAAAAUAUACAUUAGGGUGCCUCCUUUAUGAAAUGUGGUUCUUCGUUUGGAACUUAAUUUUCUUAGUGAAAAGAUGCUUUUUGCUCAGAUUUUUUUUUGUAUUUGCAUACUCUGUACUGUAUACUCUGGCUUAUCCGAAAGCUUUUAUAUUCUGAACUUAUGUGUAGCAGCCAGAACUGCGAAAGUUAUUAUAAUUUCUCAAACUUAAAUAUAUUAAUCAGGCUAGGUUUGUCCUACUCAGUGCUUGUUUAUUAAGAAUUUGAACGUUUUGGCAAUGUAAAAAAGCUCGAAAGAAAAAAAUUCUACUUUUUUAUAUUUGUAUCUGUAAAAAAAUAUGAAAUGCGAAGAAUAGAAUAAAACUUUUUUUUAUAUAUA